AUGAAUAGCUCUAAUUCAUCACCUUUUGAAACAAAUGAGCAGGGAAAAUUGCAACCUAGCGGGAAGAUGCCAACAUGGCUAGGGCCAUUGUUGAAGAAGACAUUCUUUGGGACAUGUUCGGUGCAUGGUGAACUUCAAAAGAGUGAACUGAACAAGUAUUGUAUCACAUGUGAUUCAGAUUUAUGCAGGCAUUGCAUCUCUACAAACAAACACAACGAUCAUGACCAGCUAAAGAUUUAUCGACAUGUUUACAAAGACGUUGUUCCUCUUCAGCAGAUGGAGAAGUAUAUUGACUGCAAAUUAAUUCAGCCAUACAAAUGCAACAAGAAAUGGGUAAUUGCUUUGAAUCCUCUGCCACAUUGUGGGUCUGGCUCUUUAAUUGCUGGAGAUCCUACUUGUCUCACUUGCAAAAGGAGAUUGCAUGACCCUGAACAGUUUCAAUUUUGUUCCAUUGCUUGCCAGGUGGAAGCAAAAUGGGGAAAGAUUGCUGAGAUGAAGCGGAAGCGCAAGAGGAAGGGAAUUCCUCACAGAGCUCCUUUAAAAUAA